UUCGUUUAUUUUUUAGCAAUGUAUAUUUUUUACUUCUUGUAACUCCUUAUUCCGGUUAAUGAUCGAUUUCUUGUCGCUAUUUUUAUCCUAUGAAUCCAGCUACUAGCAGCCAAAACAUUUUGUAAACAAAAGCUUUUAACUAAACUUGCUUACUUUCUAAGAGCUUUCCAAGCAUGCUAGGAGUGUAAAUGUUGGACAAAGAAAAUAGAGAAAUAGUAAUUAUACCAAGCUCCUCUCCUCCGGGUACGCCCGUACGCGAGAAUCAUCAAAUUUUUAUAAACAGUUCUCCAGUUGAAGAGUCCCCUGUACGGAACAUUGGGCGUGAAAUUUAUCAAAGUGGUUCAUAUAUGGCUUCGAGAAAAGAUUUUCGAGACAGGCUGAACCCUUUAGCUUUGGAACCGGUGGCACCUGAAAAUAUCAACAGUCAAAAAAGCGUAGACAGAAUUCUUCAAGAAAAGAACGAAGAGCCAAUUACCUCAACAAAUGAGUGUAAGAAGGAAUUAACUGACAGGAAUAAGCCUAAAUUGAAUGAGACUAUGAGCAAUGAAACGAAGGAACAGAAAAUUGAUUUUGUAAAACGUCGGUUUCCUCAACUAGAGGAAAAUGACAUAGUGGAUAAAUUGAAAAAGUUUGAUUGGAAAGAAAACAUGGUUGUUCAUAAACUUACGUUUCAGAGACUACUUAAAGGAUCAGGUGGACAUGUUGGAAAUGAAAAUUCACAGGAACAAACUAACUUCAAGUCAGAGAAAUUCGGAUUACCAAAAAACCAUGUUACGAAAAAAAGAGACCUGAAAAUACGGGAAUCUGAUGAACCUAGUAAAACCCGAAAAAAGACUUCGCGUGUAAUUCAACUUUCUGACGAAGAGGAGGAGGAAGAAGAAGAAGACAGGCGUAGUACGUCUUCAGUAAUGAACAAAAAACACGAAAAGGAAAACAAAAUUAAUUCUGCAUUUGAAGAUGCUUUAGUGGAAGAAUCUGACGAGCAUAAAGUUCAAAACGUGGAUGAGGAAGAAUCUGACUAUGAUAAGCGAGUGCUUGAUUUCUUAAAUAAUUGUUCUCUACAGGAGUUAAUGGAUGUAUCUAGUUGUCCGCAUGAUAUUGUAGAAUAUUUUAUUUCGAAGAGGCCAUAUCCAAGCUUAAAUAAGGCAGAAGCCGUUCAUAAGAAAAAAGUUACUGAGAAACAAAAGCGAUCAAAAUCCGAUUCAUUCAAAGUGGGAAAAAAAGUUGUGAAUUCAACGUACGAAAUUUUGCAAGGAUUUGACGCUGUUGAUUCCUUAAUCAAUCGCUGUGAAAGUUACGGGCGCCUCAUAGCAAAUACUUUGAUAAACUGGCAUAACAAUCGAGAAAAUAAAAAUCAUGAAGAUUGCAUAGCAAUGGAUUACAUGGAAGAGCAACCUGGGUUGCUAGCACCUGGAGUGACGCUGAAAAAUUACCAAAUAAUGGGUGUUAAUUGGUUACGUUUAAUGUAUCAUGCUGAUUUAUCAGGUAUUUUAGCUGACGAAAUGGGUCUUGGUAAAACAUGUCAGGUAAUUGCUUUUUUGGCUUCGAUGAAGGAAAACAACAUUAAAGGUCCUCAUUUAAUUGUAGUUCCCGCAUCUACACUGGAAAACUGGCUCCGUGAAUUUGCUAAAUUCUGUCCCUCUUUACGAGUUGAAGAAUACUCAGGAAGUCAAGCCGAGCGGAUAGAAAAAAGAUACUAUUUGAUGGAUAACGAGUACGAUGUUCUGGUGACGAACUAUCAUAUGGCUUCAGGUUCGAAAGAUGAUAGAGCAUUCUUACGAAGACAAAGAUUUAAUAUUUGUGUUUUUGAUGAAGGUCACUACUUGAAGAAUCGAAUGUCUGAAAGAUAUAGGCACUUGAUGAAUAUUUCAGCGAAAUUUCGACUUUUGAUUACAGGAACUCCUUUACAGAAUAACCUGAAAGAGCUAAUUUCUUUACUCGCCUUUAUGCUACCCACGAUGUUUGAUAGUAACAUGCAAGGACUGGAUAUAAUUUACAAAAUUAAGCCCUCUACAGAUGGAAAUUUUGAAAGAGCUUAUCUGUCGCAACAAAGAAUAUCUAGAGCAAAAUCAAUUAUGAAUCCCUUCAUCCUUCGUCGCAAGAAGGCCGAUGUUUUGUCUGACCUUCCCGAGAAAAUCCAGCUCGUUGAAUAUUGUCGUAUGGAACCCAGUCAAAAAGAUAUUUACGAAAAGUUAAUGAAGAUUAGAAACGAUUCUACCAAUACUCGUGAAAACAUCAUAAUGCAACUUCGGAAAGUCGUUAAUCAUCAACUGCUGUUUCGUUCUAUAUACUCUUUAGAAUCUUUGAGGAUAAUGUCGAAAAGAAUUUUACGAGAAGAUCAGUAUUUAGACGCCAAUGAAAAUUACAUAUUCGAAGACAUGGAAGUUAUGUCGGAUUUUGAACUGCACCAUCUGUGUACUCAAUUUAAGUCUUUGCAUGAAUAUCGACUGCAGGGAGAACCUUGGAUGAAGUCUGGAAAAAUAAACAGUUUAGUUUCACUGUUGCAGAAAUCUAAAAAUGAAGACCGAAUUUUGAUUUUCAGUCAAUUCACUCAAGUAUUGGAUAUACUUGAGCUUGUCCUUCAAACUGUUGGAAUGAAGUUUUUGAGACUUGAUGGUUCUACUCCAGUAGAUACUAGACAAACUCUUCUCGAUGAAUUUCACGAAAAUCCUGAGUACAAAGUGUUUCUGCUCUCGACAAAAUCAGGAGGCUUUGGUAUUAAUUUGACCUGUGCGAAUGUUGUCAUUAUGUAUGAUUGUUCAUUUAAUCCCUUUGACGAUUUACAGGCAGAAGAUCGUGCCCACCGAGUUGGACAAACACGACCUGUUUACGUUUAUCGUCUGGUUACAGAGAAUAGUAUUGAGGAAAACAUACGCAAGCUGGCAGCAACGAAACUAACUCUCGAAUCGAGUCUUACAACAGAAUCUGAAAAGAUUCAGAAAGAGAUUACUGAAGAUUUAAUUCGUGAUUUAUCUUGAUAAUUUAUUUAUGUUCCGAGCACAUUUACAAUGAUACUAUGCGUCGUCUUUUGGCACGAGACAAAAGUUAAACAUGAAGUUAUAAAGCUCCUCUCUUAAAUUAAGGAGUACAUAUUUAUCUAAAUAAGUAAAACAUGCUAUGGAAAGGUUACUUAUGAGAAGGAAUUUGAAAGAGCAAAAGCGCGAUUGGCUUUUCUGUAUUGAAUUUUUAUAACAACUAGAAUCAACUUUUGAAAGAUGGCUGUCUCGUACCGCUUGAAUCUCUGUUAAUUUCCAACUAUAAAAAUUCAUCUAUUGUAAGUAAGAUGCCAGUGCAAUAUUGAUAAUUGCUACUUCAUUCGGAGACUUUCAGGUAUACCUUAAUCCAUCAUUCCAUAGACAGCGGCCAGAUAAAAAAGUAUGUAAAAGCUGUCAUCAUGUUUCAAAGUGAAUGGAACCUUAACAAUAUAAGUCUUUUGAAAUUUGAUGAUCCUAAUAAUCUGAGCUUACUUUUAAUUACCUUUUGUUAUAUUAUAAUUUAUUAGAUAGUAUAAUAAGAUCGUUGUAUCAAGCUA